GGAGAGACGCGACUUCCCAAAAGAGAGACCGCCUGUUCACUCCAAAAUUAGGACAAAGGGCGCUUCCUGGUGGGCCGAAGAUCCUCCCUCACUCACAAGUCAUGUUUGACGGCGUUUCAUAUUGUCUUUCGGGUCUUUCAACGUGGACUCAUUCAAUCAAAUCCCACACCUCGCCGAGAAAACCUCUCUCUCUUGUCCGAAUACAAAAAUAAAUAAACUAAUUCUUCUCUUCCCGCAAACAACAGAUCUCCAUUGCCGGCAGCCGCCUCCCACCGGGCAUGGAGUUCUUCCGCAACGCCCAGACGGUGCGCCUACGGAGCCCCCACGGCUACCUUGUGGCGAAGCAUGACGAGGAGACCGUCGCCCUGGAGCAUGACGAGAAGACCGCCGCCCUGGAGCGUGACGAGGAGACCGCCGCCCUGCAGAGUGACGAGGAGACCGCCGCCCUGGAGCGUGAUGAGGAGACCGCCGCCCUGGAGCGUGACGAGGAGACCGCCGCCCUGCAGAGUGACGAGGAGACCAGUGACGAGGAGACCGACGCCCUGCAGAGUGACGAGGAGACCGUCGCCCUGGAGCGUGACGAGGAGACCGCCGCCCUGCAGAGUGACGAGGAGACCGACGCCCUGCAGAGUGACGAGGAGACCAGUGACGAGGAGACCGUCGCCCUGGAGCGUGACGAGGAGACCGACGCCCUGCAGAGUGACGAGGAGACCGCCGCCCUGCAGAGUGACGAGGAGACCGACGCCCUGCAGAGUGACGAGGAGACCAGUGACGAGGAGACCGUCGCCCUGGAGCGUGACGAGGAGACCGACGCCCUGCAGAGUGACGAGGAGACCGCCGCCCUGCAGAGUGACGAGGAGAGCGCCGCCCGGGGGGACAAUGACUUCUCUGACAGAGCCAGGUGGAGAGACGAGGAGACCGCCGCCCGGGGGGACAAUGACUUCUCUGACAGAGCCAGGUGGUCCGUCGAGUUCGUCCUCAACUCCGACUCCGUCCUCCGCCUCAAGAGCUGCUAUGGGAAGUACCUCGCUGCCUCCGACGAGCCCUCCCCCCUUGGCAUGACCGGCUGCCUGGUCCUCCAAUCCCCCCCUCCCCUCCUUGACUCCGAGUGGGUGCCCACCGAGUGGGAGCCCAUGAUGGAGGGCACCCACGUCAAGCUCCGCACCCACUACGGCAGCUUCCUCUGCACCGGCCGCCACUACGCCGUCAUCCACGACCUCCCCCACCACACCACCUUCCUCUGGGAUGUCGAGGUCGUCAUGAGAAAAGAAGGAUCUGCUACCAAUAUUGACAAUAAAGCAUCGGAAGAAGGAUCUGCUUCCAAUAUUGACGAUAAAGCAUCGGCCUCCAAUAUUGAAGAUAAAGCAUCGGAAAAGGGAUCUGCCUCCAAACGGCGUCACGAAACAGGGGAAGGAAGUUCUGUCACCAAAAGUCCUCCAGGGGUUUCAGCUCCGAUCCGAGAAGGUGCUGGGGUCACAUAUCGCAGUCAUUUUUGGGAGCUGAAGAAUUUGCUUUGGGAUGACUCCGGCAGGAAGGAUGUGUUGGUAGAGGGAGGGUCGGGGACGACGGCCUUGGUCAGGGAGGUGUGUGCAGAUGUCCGGGAGCAUUUUAGUACCAUCGCCUAUAUUAGCAUUCCACAAAAAAAUGAUUCUGAGUCAAUCCGUGAAGAAAUACUUCUGCAACUUAUUUUUGAGAGGGCCGCCUUCCCCAAAAACUUUGACAGCAGUUUUUGGGCGACGGACGAUGAAUUCUCCUUGCAGCAAAAGGCAAGAUGCCUCAUUGUGGUUGAUAAUUUAGACGAUGGGAGAACUUGGAAAAAAUUCGAAGAAGUCUUGCGUAUAGUCGAGACAUGCCGAGUGAUCUUCAUAGCCAGACCCAAGAUGGGUUCGCCGGACAGCCAAGUCUACCAAUAUGGCCAAAUCAACCAGUGUGGCCGCGAAUUCGUAACUUAUCAACUGGGGGAUCUAUCUUUUGUGCCACGGGCACACCAUAUGAAGGAUUUCCUGAAAGAUGGUUUUCAUUCUCCAUCGAAGCGACUUUGCGAACUCAUUGUUAGCAAGUGUAAGAGACUGCCUACAGCAAUCACUUUCGUCUUGCACGAGAAGGAAGAUUUGUGGAGGUCCAACUCAUCUGAAAUAAAGGAUGAAUGGAAGGCGAGGAUCCCCUCAGUUGACCUCCGUCUUGAACUUCACGUUAUCCAACAAGUAUUGGGGGUGAUCCUUGAUAAGCCCUCCCCUGGUGAGGCCGAUGGUCCUGAACUUUACCCUAUCCAGCAAGUGUUGGAGAUCCUUCGUAACGACGACCGUCUAUUCUGCCUUUUGUACUUGAGCAUUUUCCCCGAAAAUAGCCGGAUCAGCUGUAAAAGAGUUUCUCGUUUAUGGGCUGCAGAAAGAAUGCUACGCGACCUGAGAAGAGCAGAGCUUUUUUUCAUUGAUCUUCUCCAUAGAAAGUGCAUCCAUCCGGAGGAAAAAAAAAGUGAUGGAGAGCUCUCCACAUUCCGAGUGGACAAGCAUGUGCAAAAAAUUAUUGUUUCCUUGUCCGAUAUUCACAACCUCGUAACCAUAACUAGUCAGGACAGCGCCAACGGCCGUGAAAGGGUAAGAUACCGAUCUGUCCAGGGACUGAUCAGGGCUUUGCACAAAGACAAAGAAUUCCAACUUUCUUCAACAUUCGUGCUUGAUGUCUCCUCCAAUGGGGAUAAGACAGCAACUUCCGAAGCUUUGGAGACUUCCGAGACUCCAUCGUUUCCAUCCAAGUUAAAGCGUUCCAAGGUGUUGGAUCUAACAGAUGCACCUUUCCAGGUCGUUCCAGACGCACUUUUCGAGCUGACCAAUGCCAGGUACUUGAGCAUAAGGAAUACGUCAAUCAAAGUAAUCCCAGACUCAAUCGAAAUGCUUACGCGUCUAGAAUUUUUGGAUGCUAAACAUAGCUUGGUCACUGAAUUGCCUCCCAAGGUCGAAAGACUAGAAAAAAUUCGUCACAUCCUGAUUUAUCAUCAUGAGAAAGACCCCCUGACACAGAGUUACAACCUAAUUGGCUUCAAGGCAUCAUGCAGCGUCAAAGGGUUCUUGGACCUAGAAAAGCUCUGUUUCGUGGAAUCAGACAAUAGCAUAUUGGAAGAUCUUGGGAAUCUGACAAAAUUAAGGAGGUUGGGAAUCACGAAGUUGAGAAAGGAACAUGGUGAGUCGUUGUGCACUUCCCUUGGGAAGUUAAAGGAGCUAAAGUCCCUCAAUGUACAUGCGCUUGACGAGGACGAGAUACUUAAUCUCGAUUACCUAACUUCACCUCCCGAGUCCGAGUCUCGAACUUCACCUCUCAAGUCUCUUAAACGUCUCUACUUGCAUGGCCGUUUGGAGAAGUUGCCAGCUUGGAUAUCGUCCCUCAAUAAUUUGACAAAAAUCAUGUUAAGAUGGAGUCAGCUGGAGGAAGAUCUCCUUGCAACCCUCGGGAAAUUGCCGAAUCUAGUAGAGCUGGAACUACGUCGGGCUUAUGAUGGAAGCCAAUUGGAUUUCAAGAAUGAGCAUUUUCGGAAGCUCAAGAUUUUGUUGCUUGAAGAAUUGGAGGGGCUUAGAUCAGUGAGUUUGGAGAAGGGAACAAUGUCGUGUCUUGAAAACCUGACCAUCAGCCGCUGUCAAUGGUUGGAAAGGAUGCCCUCUGGCAUCGAACACAUUCGCAAUAUCCAAAAGCUCACUUUUUUUGACAUGUCUCAUGAAUUCUACGACAAGGUACGGGCGGACCAUGAGAAAGAUGACUAUCAAAUAUUUAAGGGCAUACCUGAAGUCUAUUUCACACGAUGGAGGGCCGGCCACUGGGAACAUUGUCAGGUGGAAAGCACUGGUGAAGCCCAUUAUUCUCAACAGGUAAAAAGCACUGAUGAAGCCCAUUGUUCCCAUCAGGUGGAAAGCACUGAUGGAAUCAAUCUAAAAGAUAUCUACUUCAACUUGUUCAAAAAAAACUUGUUCGAGUAG